AAUGUUCUAUUAUUGAGGGUGGAACUAAAAAGGUUUAAAUAAAAAAACGUUCGAGUUUUACAGGAGAAUUAGAAAAACUUUUUUUUUUAUGACAUUUGGGUGAAAGGUUCUUGGCGGUCAAGUGUGGAUUUAGCACCCAAACCUUUAGAAACUAAAGGCAGCUUUAAACUGGCAGAAAACUGAUUUUUUUGUGGUUUUAAAGCUGAAACCAGAAGUGCUGCCUCCUGCAGUCCUGUACUUCCUCUGCUGUCACACUCAAAUAUGGAGUCAAACUGGUUUGACAAGAACAAGUUGAACUGAGAGUCAGAGAGUUUCAGAGGGAGACACAGACUUCUGAUGUCAUGUUCCUUUGGCGGACUGUUUAGCUGACUUUUUAACUUAUGGUUCUUCAACCACUCUUCCAAACGAACAAUGAAGAACACCGGACCAAAAGCAGCGGAGUCCUGUACUUUGUGAUGAAGACACCAACUCAAUGAAAUCUGCCAGGAACAAAGGCAUCACAACACCACAAACAAAAUGAGUUUCCAUGACCAGUUGACAAAUGGAAACCAUCAGGACAGUGACGAGGAGCUGAAAACAGCGGACUGGGACGCAAGAAAUCCAAAAGGCAAAGACUUUCUGAAGCCAAAUCAGACGGAGAAAAGAUCCAUCAGUCCUCUGAGUCUACUCAAAGAGGAUCUAACCCAGUUGAAAGAAGGAGUUUUGAAAGUAUUCAAGGACAAGGAUGCAAAUUCUAGGGUGAGACAGUCCCAGGAGAAAACAAACAGCCCACUGGCUAUUCUCAAGGAGGACCUCUCCAAUGUUUUUAAAGUCGGUCUUUCAAAGGAGCGAGACAAUAAGGACAACUUAUCAAAGGCUGAUUCCUCCAGAGUGGAGAACCCUUUAACAAAUUUGUUUAGAAGAGACAAAAACCUUUUAGAGAAGUCCCCAAAACCAAAGGACGCUAAAGACUUAAUAGAACGAACUAAAGAUUCCAGGGAUGUUUCAUGUAUGCAGAGCAAAAGCAAUACUGAGGGAUCUAACAAGAAAAACUUGUUGAAUGAAUUAAAGCACAGCGACCUGGACACCAGUUGUGCUGAGGAGAAAGCUGUGGUGGUCAGGAGUUUGAUUCAAACACAACAAUGUGAGAUGACCUUAAAUACAGUUUCAGGGAGUAAAGAGGAGGACCCACUGGUAGAACGUCCUUCUCUGGAGUCUCUGCCACCCAGGACCACUUUAUUAAGCCUGAUAAGUUUAUCUGAGCAUCACCUGAGGGAAGAGGCAACAGAGGACCUUUGGUCACCAAAAAACUUUGCCUGCUAUUUGACCCUUGAUCCCAACACGGCCAAUUCAGAGCUCCGCCUGACUGAGCGAAACAGGAAGGCGACUCGUGUCUGGUUAAACGCCCCCAACCCGGAGCAUCCGGAGCGAUUUGAACAUUGUCCCCAAGUCCUGUGCAGGGAGGGGCUGCUGGACAAGGUAUACUGGGAGGUGAUCUGGAAAGGAGGUGCCGACAUUGGCGUUGCCUACAAUAAAAUCUCCAGAAAUGGCGACACGACGGGCUGUCUGCUGGGACACAACCAGUGGUCGUGGAGUCUGGAGUGCUCAGAGGGAAACUACACGCCAUGCCACAACAAGAAGAGAUUCGAGUCCUCUGCACCCGAACCUUUCAGCCACAGGGUCGGGGUUUACCUCAAUUGGUCUGCCGGAUCCCUAUCCUUCUACAGCGUCUCUCAGGAGGACAUGGUCCACCUCCACACCUUCACUUCUACUUUUACUGAGCCUCUGUACCCAGGAUUCUGGGUGUGGUCCUCUGAUGGCUUUGUGUCAUUGUGUCAGGUAGAGAUGGACUGGGAGAGGCUUCUGCAGUGACCACCAGUUUCUGGUUUGUUUUCCCCUUUAAAUCGUAUGUUCCCACUCAGACAAUCCUAAAAAAGUUGGGGAGUUUGACAAAUUCUAUCUCUAUCAUAUGCAAACAAACAGUCACUUUUUUUAUGACACCUCUGUCUCCAAGUAAACCUGAUGCUUCUGCAGCUAUAAGAAUCAUUAAGGAACCAAAUAAAACAAAAAU